AUGGCCUCUGAUCGAAGAGAUGCAGUGGUAAGAGAAAUUAGAAAGUUGGCCGAGGCUGGAACGCUCCGGGAAACAAAAUACCAUACAUGGGUAUCAAACCCCGUUAUGGUCAAAAAACCAGAUGGCACAUGGCGGAUGUGCAUUGACUUCAAAGAUUUAAACAAGGCCUGCCCUAAAGACGCUUAUCCACUGCCUGAGAUGGAUUUUAAGGUUGACUCUCUGGUCCCUUUUAGGUACAAGUGUUUCUUAGACGCCUAUAAGGGUUACCACCAGAUCAAGAUGUCAAGAGAAGACGAAGAAAAAAUGGCGUUUCACACCGAUAUAGGCAUCUUUUGCUACACCAAAAUGCCUUUUGGUCUACGAAAUGCCGGGGCUACCUAUCAACACCUCAUGGACAAGGCCUUUGAGAAGCAAAUCGGCAGAAAUUUGGAGGUAUAUGUCGAUGACAUAGUAAUCAAGAGCAGGGAGGAAAAACAAAUGCUCGAGGGCAUCGAGGAAACCUUUCAAAAGCUGAGAGAAUACAACAUUAAACUCAACCCCAAGAAGUGUUCAUUCGGGGUAGAAGAAGUAAUCAAGGGGCAAGUCAUCGCUGAUUUCUUAGCUGAAAUUCCUGAUGGAGAAGUGAUACAAGACCCCUUGGUUAAUAACAUACCUGAGUCUAGCAUAGCUAGGCAGACCUGGAACUUAUACACGGAUGGGUCUUCCAGUGGAAAAGGAUCUGGGGCAGGCCUCAUGCUAAUAAGCCUGGAUGAAAUAAAAUUGAUGUACGCCAUGCUGUUCGGUUUCAAAUGCUCCAACAAUGAGGCAGAGUACGAGGCGCUGUUAGCGGGUCUGAGAAUGGCCCAAUCCAUGGGAGCAACAUGGGUCAAUGCAUACGUUGACUCUCUGCUGGUCAACAAUCAGGUGAAUGAGACCUAUGAAGCCAAAGACGAGACAAUGGAAAAAUACUUGGCUAAAACCAAGGAACUCAUAACGUCAUUCGAAAACGUUACACUCAAUCACGUCCAUCGAGGAAGGAACCAAAUAGUCGAUGCCCUAAGCAAGCUAGCUACUUCUGGCAUGGAAAAGAAGGUGAAGUGGGAAACGCUACAGUCACCUUCCAUAGAGUCCCGGGAAGUAUCCGCCGUCACAUCGGAAGAACCAUGUUGGUACACUCCCAUUUUAAAAUUCCUCACGAAAGGGGAAUUACCCUCAGACAGAGGCGAUGCUCAGAAAAUACAAACAAAGGCGUUACAGUAUGAGGUAAACAACGGCAUCUUAUAUAGGAAGUCAUAUUUGGGACCACUAUUACGGUGUGUAUCCCCAGCGGAAGCCAAGUACUUGAUCCAAGAAAUACACGCCGGUAUAUGUGGCAUUCACGCCGAAUCCCGGGCAGUUGUUGCCAAAAUCCAAAACGCUGGAUACUAUUGGCCUGGGAUGCACGAAGACGCGGUAGAAGAACUCAGAAAAUGUCGCAGCUGUCAAAAAUUUGCCCCACAAACACUCCGCCCUAAGAACAACUUGAUCCUCGUUACAGCGGCAUGGCCUUUUCAAAAGUGGGUUGUUGAUAUCGUGGGACCGUUCCCGCUGGCCCCAGGGAAGCUAAAAUACUUAAUUGUGGUAGUUGAUUAUUUCACCAAGUGGGUUGAAGCAAAGCCGUUGGCCAAGUUAACUGCUGAGACUGCCAAGAAGUUCCUAUGGGAAUAUAUAGUUUGCCGAUUUGGAUUGCCGCUAUAUCUUGUAAGUGACAAUGGAACACAAUUCACAGAUAAGGUCCUACAAGAUUGGUGUGCGGAGCUUCAAAUUCAACAAAUCUUCACAUCGGUUGCACAUCCCCAAGGAAACGGCCAAGUGGAGAGGGCAAAUAGAGGUCUGCUGGAUGGAAUUAAAAGAAGGUUAGGCUUUGAGGGGAGCUCUUGGGAUCCUACGGGAGGCCUGGACCUCCUGGAAGAACGGCGCGAAGCAGCCGCCAUCAGCGUGGCAAAAUACAAGAAAACCUUAGAGAAAUAUUACAACCAACGCGUGGCUCAGCAAACCUUCAAGGAGGGCGAGUAUGUCAUGCGGGAUAACGAAGCCAGUAGAGCGAAACCUUCAGGCAAACUGGGACCCAACUGGGAAGGCCCCUACAUAGUUCAAGAAGACUUAGGCAAAGGGGCUUAUCGCCUAUCCAGGCUCGAUGGCACAGCGGUUCCACAUAGCUGGAACGCUGCUCAGUUGAAGAAAUGUUACAUGUAA